CGUUACUCAAGGAGUUGGAGCUUGUAGACCGAACUUACGGCCCAACGUGAACCGGACUCACUUUUAAAAACCAAAACCCUAGCCACCGUAUACCCUCUCAUACUGCAUUACCUUUUUCUCUUGCGCCGCCGCUCCUACCUUGUAAACAGAAGAUAAUCAAAGAUGAGUCGAGGUACUGCACCAGGUCCUAAGGGGAAGAAGAAGGGAGUGACAUUUACCAUUGACUGUUCAAAGCCAGUGGAGGAUAAGAUCAUGGAUAUUGCAUCCCUGGAGAAGUUUCUCCAAGAGAGGAUCAAGGUUGGAGGCAAGGCUGGUGCGCUUGGUGACACUGUGACCGUCACUCGUGAGAAGAGCAAGAUAACGGUAACCUCUGACGGUAACUUUUCGAAGAGGUAUCUGAAGUACCUAACGAAGAAGUACCUGAAGAAACACAAUGUGCGGGAUUGGCUUCGCGUGAUAGCUUCCAACAAAGAAAGAAAUGUUUAUGAACUUAGGUACUUCAACAUUGCGGAGAAUGAAGGGGAGGAGGAAGAUUGAAAGAGAGUCUAAAUUUGCUUAGUCAUUACAUUAAGAACUUCAUUUUCCUUGUUUCCAAUUUGUACCUUUCCUCAUUUUGUGUACUCGCACUUGUUAUGCUGCCCCUUUUUUCUUAAACACGAUGUGGUUUUAACAAAUUUUGUUCCUUGAAUGAGAAUUUUUGAAAUAUGCCAACAUUGGAUUGGUUGGUGGGUGAAUCCAGCUAUGUUGUUUUGGCGCUCU